GGCGCCUCUUGUCAAGUGAGCCGGGCAUGGAAGGCUCGUAAUUGUUUCAUAUUACAUUUGUCGUCUGGCGCGUCACGUACUGAUGUAGAACGAGCGAGCGAGUAGAACGAGCGAUGCUUGGAAGUGUAACAACACCGUGAAACCCCAGUAAUAGUAAUCGUUUGAAUAUAAAGUGAAAAACGCCCAACUUAAGAUGGAACCCGGACAAAGGAGUCGUUCGAAAAGCUUCUGGGAAAGGUGCAAGGCUUUCCUAUCGAAUCUUCAUUUCAAUACCGACAGAAUAUUCUAUCGUAUAGGAGUGAGCAUAAGCACGCGGCCGUGGCUUUGGCUAAUAAUAUCGUUUUGCAUAAGCGUGGUAUGUGGUCCAGGAUUACUUUUUUGGGCGGAAGAAGUGGACGAUGUUGAGCUCUUCAUGCCCCUGGAUUCGAUUGUCAGGGCCGACGCUGCCUGGGUCAAGGAGCACUUCAGAGACGAUCUCAGAUACGAAAGUAUUAUAGUUACUGCUCCAAAUGUGCUAGAUCCAGAAGUUCUGCAAGCUCUGUACGAGAUAGAGGAGUCCGUUAAAAGCAUCGUGGUCAACGAUGACACUUGGAAUGACGUCUGCGCGGGAUACUUGACGUGGUUUGAAGGCGAAGAAGGAACAACGGAUCUUGAUGAAACGGAAUUCACUGCUGAUAUACUGGCGAAUUUGAAUAACUCGAUAAAACACGAUUGCUUAUAUCAAUCGUUAUUAAAGGUAUGGAGGCCCGAAGAAAGGAAGAACUUUCAAAACGCUAACAGAGACUCAAUACUUGCCGACGUUACGGCGGCCCUAAGCGACCAAAACAACAAUAACAUGCUGUUAGAUAUUUCUCUUCUGUUAUCCGGAGUGGAAUACGACGCGAGGGGAUACGUGGUUGGGGCAAAAGCGACGAUCUUAAAUUUCUUAUUGAAAAAAUCGCAUCCCCGAUCUCCGGAUUGGGAAUUGGAGUUCAUUGAAAAGGUGCUCUACUCGAAUCGCACCUUGCCCGAUGGAAUGGCGGUCUACGCAGUAGCGACAAGGAGUUUCACCGACUUUCUUCACCAGGUCUUGAACAGCAACAUGACGGUCCUUUUCUGCGGCCUCUCGUUGAUCGUCAUUUACAUAAUCCUGAUGAUCGGAAGGUGCAACAUUGUUCAGCAGAGGAUUUACCUCUCCAUAGUCGGGGUGUCGGUUAUAGGACAAGCGAUCUUGUCGGCCUACGGAAUUUGCUACUACAUGGGAUACUUCUACGGUCCGAUACAUCCGAUCCUGCCGUUUUUGCUACUCGGUAUCGGAGUCGACGACAUGUUCGUAAUCAUGCAGAGUCUUGAGAACCUCUCCAAGGUCGAAAAACCGUCGGAUCUAACGGAACGUAUAGCCCGGGCCUUGCAGCAAUCGGGAAUGUCGAUAACUGUGACCUCGGUCACGAACAUUGUGGCAUUCGCGAUCGGAGUAACAACGGUGAUGCCGUUCUUGGAAUCAUUCUGCAUGUUCGCCACGAUGGGAAUUCUCUUCCUCUACAUAUUUGAGAUCACCUUUUUCGUUAGCUGUUUGGUCUACGACGAAAGGCGGCUUCAACUCCAAAGAGAUGGAUGCUGUUGUCGUCCGACUCCCGAAUGGAAACCGAACGAUUGCAGCCAGAAAAACAUCCAGCAAACUAUAUUCGAGAAAUUUCUAGGACCAUUCAUUACGAAGACUCCCGUCAAAAUAGCAAUUCUAGUUCUUACCGCUUUCAUCCUCGGGUCGAAUAUAUGGGGCAUCUGCCAACUUGAGCAGAACUUCGACCCCACUUGGUACUUAAAUCAAGACUCGUAUCCCAUACUGUACAACAAUAAGCUGAAGGAGUAUUUUCCCAAGUAUGGCAAACGGGCCGGUAUUUAUCUCGGCGAUGUUGACUACUAUCAGGACCACCAGGCCUUGGUCAACUUCACCGAAGCUUUGAAGGCAAACCCCUACGUUAAUAACCAAACCGUCGAUUGCUGGUUCAUCGCCUUCGAUAAGUGGUUGCAAGCACGAAGUCUAGACCCCGAAGACAACGACGAGUAUCACAGUUACCUGACGGAGUACUUGCUACUUACGAAAGAGGGUCAAGCAUACAUAAAAGACAUCAAAUUUAACAGAAUACCAAUCAAUGAAUAUAACAUUACGACAUCACAGAUUCAAAUACAACACGUGUUAAUAAAUACAACGUCGGAUCAAAUUCGCGCAAUGGAAUUAAUCAGAGAGACCGUAGAAUCAAUAAACUUUUCAACGGGUAAUGAGCAUGUAGCAGUAUUCUCUCCAGAUUACGUAUCGUGGACAGCAAACAAGAUCAUCGGCGAAGAGCUAAUCAGAAAUUUGGGUCUGGAAAUUCUAGCCGUUGGGCUUGUGACGAUAAUUUUGCUUCAAGACUUGGAAGCUUCUUUCUGGGUAAUUUGCUGCGUUUUAUUCACUCUUGUCGAUUUAUUGGGUUCCAUGUACUACCUGGGCCUGACGAUUGAAAUAUCAUCCAGCAUAAUGGUCCUACUUUGUGCUGGAUUAGCAGUGGAUUAUGCAGCCCACAUUGGGAUGGAAUUUACCAGAAUGAGAGGAACGAAAAACGAGCGAGCUGUGGCAACGUUAAGCGUAAUGGGACCUGCUGUGUUCAACGGUGGCCUUAGUACGUUCUUAGCAUUUGUGCUUCUGGGUGCUAGCGAAGCAUAUUUAUUCAGUACGUUUUUCAAGCUCUUUACAUGCGUUGUGGUAUUCGGACUCUUUCAUGGUCUUCUCUUCUUACCUGUGAUACUUAGUCUAUUCGGACCAAAUGAGUUGAAGAUUGAAAAGGUUGCGGAGAUUGUAACGACACCACAGCAAAUUUCCAUGAACAAUAAAAGCCAAAGUAUCGACGUAGAGCAACAGGAUCAAAUUAAGACUGCAUAGAAUGUAAAUUUUUU